UUUUUUUUUAAAUGCUCAGAGCUUGGGGUGGGGCGGUGACCCAGCCCCCAUUGGCGCCCUGGUUAUUGACUGCCUGGUGUGGGUAAAAUAAUUAACGGUCUUCAAGUACAAGAAAGGAAAACGAAAGUUAAGAGAGCAGAGUGAUUGCAGUGCCAGGCGGUUCAGUUCAGUACCCAAGAUCACAGUACGGAGAAGCGAUGGGUGAUGGUCUGGGAAGACAUCGCAAUAGACCGCAUCUUUACAUCUUGAGAGGCCCUUCAGGAUCAGGGAAAAAACAGCUAGCAGAGGAAAUACUAAGAAAAUACGAAGAGUGUAAAUAUGAAGAAGCGAAGAAGAAGAACAUCUUCAGAGCUUUUGAUUAUUUCAUAAAAGGAGAUAACGUGUACUUUGAUGAAAGUAAACUUGAUGAAGCUCAUGCAUGGAAUAAGAUACGAGCUAAGGAAGCUAUGAGACAGAAAAUACAUCCAGUUAUCAUUGUCAACACCAACAUCCACCUUUGGGAAAUGAAACCCUACUUUGAAAUGGGUCUCCGUUACAAAUAUCAUAUCAGGGUUAGAGAACCACGAAACUACAAUGUUGACGAGCUGUACAGGUAUGGAUGGACGGUUCCAGAAGUUUGAGAGUCUGAUUUCAAU